UACAAAUUGAUUUCUAUCAGUUGCAUGAAGGUAUGUGUACGAGCCUCAAGAACUCAGCCAAUCACGUGAACGAAUCUUGCAGAUUGUUUCAAGAUGGCGGAAAACAUGUAUGUUCCGGAAGAUGAUGGUGAAAAUUCUGAUGAAGAAAUUUCAGUCAAAGCAGAAUUAAUGGAACAACUUCCACAUAUAGCCAUGGUUUGUCAUGAAGAAAGAGAGAAACUUCAUUUUGUAGUUGAAGAAUGUCUCCUACCAUUAGUGAUUCGCUUUCUGGGAGAUUCAGAUAAUCAGUGCUUGUGUUACUUGCAAAAUGCAAAAUUCUGUGUGUUCCGGCAAAAUGUCAAACUUGAAAAACAAGCUUUUGAAGAAAUUUCACCAAGAAGAAAUGACCAAGCAUGGGAGAACAUAGCUCACAAUUACAAUGCAACCACUGCAUCUUGCCAUACUCGGAAGCUACCAGAAGAGAAAUGCGGAAAACAACUCAGGCUGCCCUUCUUGUUUUAAUGGAACAGGGAUUAGUGGAUAUGAGAGAUGUUGAGCAACAAGUGUGCCCUGCUAUUCUGAUGCUAACUGAAGUUGACAAUUUGGUGGAAUUUCACACUGGUGCUGUAGCGUUAAUGAGCAAGAUGGCUCCUCUCCUGGGCGCUGAAGCAACUGAGCGUCUCUUUAUGCAUCGAUUUGCAGCACUAUGCUCUCUGCCUGUGUUUUACGUACGAAAAGUGUGUGCAAAUAACUUCGGAGAUUUUUGUGCAGUUGUUGGAACUGCAGCAACCGAAGAAUUUUUAUUGCCUUACUUUGUGGAACUUUGCACGGAUGGAAUCUGGGGUGUUCGUAAAGCAUGUGCAGAAAUCUUCACAACAGUAGCAAUUCACUGCACAAUACAAACUCGGAAGGAUACCUUGGCUCCAGUUUUUAACAAUUUACUCUUAGACCAGUCUCGAUGGGUGCGGAUGUCAGCAUUUCGGGCUCUUGGACAAUUUAUCGCUACCUUUGUAACUUCUGGAGCAUGCAAUAUGCAACUUAAUCAACAUGGUGAUUUAGUUAUUCCUCAUGAUGAUUCAAGGUUAAACAUGCGUUCUUCAAAUGAAGGUGGCUAUGUUUCAAGAACUAUUUCGGAAGAAAAGACAACUUCACCUGCGUGCAAUCAGCCUUGCUAUUUUUUAAAAGAGUCUGUGCCUGUUGUGGAUGAAGACGGUCCUAGUGCUGUGUCGAACUCGAAUUGUUAUGUUUGCAUGCAACCUGAUAGGAUUUCUCUGAUUGAUAAUUCAAAUGAAUCUGUUAUAAAUAUUCUGUGUCGUGGUGAAGGCGACAAAAAGAUUAAGACGAAAACAAAGUUUUCAACAGACAUGUUGCCAAGUUCAGCUCAUAAUUGUAAUAAUUCAGUGCAAGAAAAUCAACAUGAAUGUUCGAGUGAACGCGAUAAAAUUUCUGGAAGGAAAGAAACUGAUAUAUACCAGGAUUUUAAUACAUUCCAGUUUUGGCGAGUUCCUAUUCCUGAACUGGAUUUAAGUGUUAGUGCUGAAGAAACUCUUAAUCGGCAGUCACCUGCAGCAGAAGAUAAUUCUAAACCCGAUACAUUCGCACUGAAAUCGGAUAUCAGUGCUACAUUAAAAAAUGAAUUGGAUUCCUUAGCAUCACGCCUGGAACAAGGUUUCCUGAACGAUAGUGAAACAGUUGAUCCACGUACUGCCAAUGUUACAAUAUGCACCGAUGAUGAACAAAUAGAGACUGACAGUGAACCUAUUUACCUGGAGUCUGCAAGGCAUCAAGCAAACGAUAAUGUGAAGACCAAAUUCAAACCACCGGAGAUACUUGGAGUUAUGAAACAAAGUGUGCUGAGUAAGAAGACUUGCACAUCAAAUAAAAAUGCUGCUACGUUAAAUCAAAAGUCAAAUAUAUCUCAUAGUGAAGGAACCUGCAAAGAGUCGGAUGCAUCACAUACGGAUCUUGAUUUAUCUGAUUCUGAAAAAGAUGUUUUAACAAUAGCUUCACAAAAGUCGUCUGGACUGUGCGAAGUACAGAAACAAGUCCCCUCUUUUGUUUCUCUACCGAGAACUUCAAACUCUCAGAAAAAUCCGCCUGUACUUUACCACGAACAAAAGUUUCUUACGUCAUACUCUGAACAAAUGCGUGCCACUUACCUAGAAAGAGAACAGAAAUAUUGUGUGUUAUACAAUGAAGUGGGCUAUCUAAGUGCAUGUCUUGAGGAGUCCGAUGCUCCAAAUCCAGUGGUGAACUGCCUUAUACAAUCUGAUGUGCCUUCAAACCGUCCCACACAAGACCUUGUUCCGCAUUACCUUGUAGAUCAUUUUGUCUCGAUGACUCAUCCUUCCCAAGCUCAAAAUACAGACAAUGAAAUAACUCAUCACUGUGCAUUUAGCAUACCGGCAGUAGCCCUCACGUUAGGAAGAAAUUAUUGGUAUUUGAUCAAGCCAGCGUAUGAGGCUCUGGCCUCUGAUGUGCAGUGGAAAGUAAGGAGGACUGUAGCAGCAAGUAUCCACGAACUUGCUGUGAUAUUGGGCGAAGAAUUGGCUGGUGUUGAUUUGGUCCCCAUAUUUCAUGGUUUUAUUAAAGAUUUAGAUGAAGUACGCAUUGGAGCUUUGAAGCAUUUGGCUGAAUUUUUGAAGUUACUCCGACCAACAGAACGAAGCACUCUCCUCCAUCGCCUCUCAGAUUUUCACCUUACUGAUAAUGAAUGCAACUGGAGGUUUCGCAGUAAAUUAGCUGAACAGUUGCAUCACUCUCUUGUGCUUUUUGCACCAGAAGAUACACAUGAGCAUAUUACGCCAUUAGCAAUUGCUUUAUUAAUGGAUAAAGUUGCAGCAGUUAGAAAAAAAGCUUUGUGUUUGGUUACACAGCUUGUUCACCAUGUAUCUACAGAAGUAAAUCUUGUCCGAAGUCUCCUUGCUGAAUUGGCUGAACAAUUUGCUCACAAUAAGCACUGGAACAGACGUCAGACCUUUGCGUUGCUCUGCUCACAGCUUAUGUCUAAACGUGUGUUGAAAGAUGAACAUUUUGCUUGCGAUGUAUUUCCUCACUUACUGGAGUUGAGCUGGGAUCCUGUUCCAAAUGUACGAUUGUCAGUUGCCCAGACUCUGGCAUGUGAUAUAGCAGUCCAAUUAUAUUUUAGUAGUUCUGAGUCUCCUCACAAUGAAAUGCUAAUCCAAUGUUUGAGAAGAUUGCAAGGUGAUGAUGAUAAAGAUGUUCAAUACUUUGCAUCUCUUUAUUCAAUUCCUUCGACUACACUGCUUUUGGAGCCUUCCUGUGAUGUAGAUCAAUAAAGAAGAGUCAAGACUGUUCUCAAAUCAAAAGUCAACCUCACAAUUUAGUAUAUUAAAAAUAAACUUGUUAUGUAGAUUAAAUCAUGUGUUAAUAUUGAUGUUUCAUUUCAUAAUAUCUAAGUUGCAAUUAAUUUUAUCAAAACUUUUCUCUGACCUCAUCUUUUUAAGAAGUAACCUAAAAGGUUUACAGAGCGCAUUCCACAAAUUUUUGCAGGCUACAUCAUUUAAUAGUCAAUAUUUUUACUGAAAGUAUAAAAAAGCAUGCUUAUUAAGUAUACUAAUGUUCUAAACCUAAUUAUUUUGAAGAAUGUGUACAGAAGUAUGUUGAAAUAUGUAGUGUAAUGUGAGUCAUACUUGUUAAUAUUUAUGGGGCAAGAUUGCUGAAACAAUAUUUUAUACAGUUAACAUAAAGUUAUUGAAAUAAACAUGUAUAUAAUAUUGAAUGCAAGUUCCUUUUACCAAGAGGAUUGGUGAUGUAUAAACGUUUUAAAGUAUUUUUUUUAUUGUAUGAUUUUUUUAUUUACACUUGCCUAUAUCAUUUAGUACAAAUGGAUAGUUGAAGUUGAGACAAUGUUGGAGUUCGGUAAAAUACAAGAUAAUUAAUUUAUGAAUAGUCUUUUGAGACUUAAAUGCUCAUGUUGCAUAUGUUCUAUAAUUUAAAAGAAUGUAAAUGGAAAUUAAUUAUAACAGGGUGUCGUGUU